CCCGUCGGUCGGUUCCUGCUUCAUCUGUUCCACAGUCCACCUCAGAAACUGUCCCACGGCGCACGCUUGGCCUUCUUCCUCGAGACGGCGGGCGUGUGGUUCCUCGCUCUCAGGGGUCAAGCCCAUCUGAAGCCACCGCUCUAACGCAGCUGGGAACUGAAGGCAGGAGGCUGAGGGUUCCCCGACUCCUGCUCGAGCCAUUUCCACUUGCAGGGAGGAUUCGAACGCAGCUCUUUCCCUCACUAGUGUGUGGUGGGGCAGAGGACAGAUGAGGACGGUGGGCCUGCCCUUGGCCUUCCACCCAGAGCUAUUUUUCUAGAAAAAGAGGGGCCGGAGCUCACCGUGAACUUGGAAAGGGGUCACCCACAUUCCAAGGCAUGACUCUUGAUCUCAGGGUCAUGGGUUCGAGUUGGGUUGGACUAGAUGACCCUCGGACUCUUUCCAACUCUACAAUUCUAUGAAUUCUAUGCAGGGGGGACGGGGACUCCUUGCUGAUACAAUUCAGAAAGAGGGGGUGCCUGCUACUCUCAGGAACUUCGGAAGCUGCCUUAUACCAAGUCGGGCUAUUGGCUUAGUACUGGCAGCUCGGACUGGCAGCAGCUCUCCAGAGUUUCAGGCAGGGAGUCUCUCUCUCCCAGCCCUGGCGAUUGAACCUGGAAGUUGUCUGCAUGCCAGGGAGCACAUGCUCUACCCAGUGGGCAGCACUUUCUGAACACGCACCUCAUUCAUUGCACCCCAUGCACCAACCUCCUGGCAAUGCAAAAAAUAAAUCUCAGCCAGGCGGCAUUUUAGCUGCAAAGCCGGGCAAGGAAAUGCAUGGAAGGCUGUCCUCUGUCCCGCUCCACUCCUCCCCUCACAUUUUUUCUUUCCUCGCUAGGAAUUGAGCCGCGGCUGUUGAUUUAACCAUUAACCGGCCAUCUACCUCUAUAUUGCCAGCACGGACUGGCAGCAGCUCCCUAGUUUUGCAGCCCUACCUAGAGAUGCCGGGGAUGCAUGCAAAGCAGACGCUAUGCCCCUUGCUGCUCUCCUGCAGCGAUAAAAACCAUUGCAAAAAUAGCUCGCUGCUUGGGAGGCUGCUGGUCCUAAUGCAAAUUGUUCUGUUAGCUUCUGGGUCCGGUCUUUGCUCCUUCAAAGGGUUAAAUCCACCGAGCUCCGUUUCUUAGAGCGGCCCAGGAAAUUUGGAUGGGGGAAGUAAACAAUGAGGACAACUUCCUGGGUCUAAGCCCCGCCCUCCUCCUGGCAUUAGACUCCUGCAGAAGACAGACAGGUGGGUGAUUUAAGCCCUAAGCUGAAAGCUAGCAUCAUUCAUAGUGGCGUGGUGGAAUGGAAUUAAUCCAUGCAAUGCAAUGCAAUGCAAAAUAGGGAGGGGAAACCAUUUAAAAAUAGUAGCCGGGCUCAGAUUCAUUCUACCAGAGCCAACCUUUCUCUAGAUCAUUUGGAAAAAUGAAAUGUGAGGAUGCACAUUUCUUUUUCUGAGUCUCGACAGGGGCUGUGGGCAGAUGACCUGGGAUACUCAAAAUGGCACUUGCUCAAAAAUCCCAGAGUGAUCUGAGAGAGAUUUCAAUACCUGAAAAUACUUGAAAAAUUAGCACAAAUUAAAACCAGGCGAUUUUGAAUAAAUUUGAGUUACUGUACUAUCAUUAAAGGCAAAAAUAAAAAUAAAAAGUCCCAGAGUGGCCACAGAUCUAAAAAUGUCAGUAACCUCUACUGCGUAGGAGGCAAAUGAUAAUAAUUUAUUAUAAUAAUUUAUUAUUUAUACCCUGCCCAUCUGGCUGAGUUUCCCCAGCCACUCUGGGGGCUUCCAAUCAAGUGUUAAAAACAAUACAGCAUUAAAUAUUAAAAACUUCCCUAAACAGGGCUGCCUUCAGAUGUCUUUUAAAGAUAAGAUAGCUGCUUAUUUCCUUCACAUCCGGUGGGAGGGCAUUCCACAGGGUGGGCGCCACUACCAAGAAGGCCCUCUGCCUGGUUCCCUGUAACCUCACUUCUCGCAAUGAGGGAACCACCAGAAGGCCCUCGGCGCUGGAUCUCAGUGUCCGGGCUGAGUGAUGGGGGUGGAGAAGCUCCUUCAGGUAUACAGGACCGAGGCUGUUUAGGGCUUUAAAGGUCAGCACCAAUGGUUUGAAUUGUGCUCAGAAACGUACUGGAAGCCAAUGCAGAUCUCUCAAGACCGGUGUUAUAUAGUCCCGGCGGCCACUCCCAGUCACCAGUCUAGCUGCCGCAUUCUGGAUUAGUUGCAGUUUCUGGGUCACCUUCAAAGGUAGCCCCACGUAGAGCGCAUUGCAAGUAGUCCAAGCGGGAGAUAACUAGAGCAUAUGCACCAUUCUGGCAAGACAGUCCAUGGGCAGGUAGGGUCUCAGCCUGCGUACCAGAUGGAGCUGGUAGACAGCCACCCUGGACACAGAAUUAACCUGCUCCUCCAUGGACAGCUGGGAGUCCAAAAUGACUCCCAAACAAUUCAUCAGGAAACUUCUUACUGAUCUGUAACCUAUUUUAUUUCUCUCCGACUUGAGCAGGAGAAAUGGCCAUGGAGGAACGGAGAACGCAGCUUGUCUGCCCAAGUUUCAAGGUCCCAGGAAUCAAAAUGGAGAAGCUGGACUCGGCAGGCCCUGGCCAACGAGAAGGAGCAGGAGGAAUCCCUCACACCGUUGAGGCCAAGAGUCUGAAGGAGUUCCUUUGGUGGGCUGCUCCUCAGCAGAUGAAGCGGGAGCCGGAAGGAAGUUUUCCCGUUUGCUGGGACGCCCAGUGGCAGGACUUCCUGAAGGCUGUGCAGUUCCCUCACUGUGGACAGAUGGAUCCACAGCUGGGGGAAUCCACCCUGCAGGUAGACAACGGCAGGGUGUUGGUGGGCACUGCUAGGUGCAGCCCGUGGCUUCUGGAGGAGAGAGGGAGGUGGCUCUUGCCAAGGCCCGGCGGAAAAGCCCAUCCGGCCUGCGUUCAAAUGGCGUCCAGUGGCCAACGGGACGAGGGGGAUUUUGCCAGGACAGAGGCCAACCGCCAGCGGUUCAGGCGCUUCCUCUAUGAGGAGGCCACGGGGCCGCAGGAGGCAUGCGGGCGACUCCGGCAGCUGUGCCGUCUGUGGCUGGAGCCAGAGAGACGGUCCAAGGAGCAGGUCCUGGAGCUGGUGGUCCUGGAGCAGUUUCUGAGCAUCCUCCCCCAGGAGAUGCAGGGCUGGGUCCGCAGAGAGGAACCAGUGACCACCUCCCAAGCAGCAGGCCUGGUGGAAGAUUUCUUGAGGAGGCAGCUCAACGCUGAGAGGCUGGAGCGACAGGUGAGGAGCCAGAGUAUAAGCUUAAUGACCUGUUUCUUCUUUCUUUGUCUCUUUUUAAAUUUUUCUUAAUUUUUGUUAGAUGUUACAAAAAAAGGAAAAGAAAAAAAGGAAAUAGAAACAAUACAUAGGUAAAGGUAAAGGGACCAUUAGGUCCAGUCGUGGCCGACUCUGGGGUUGCGGCGCUCAUCUCGCUUUAAUGGCCGAGGGAGCCGGUGUAUAGCUUCCGGCUCAUGUGGCCAGCAUGACUAAGCCGCUUCUGGUGAAGCAGAGUAGCGCACGGAAAUGCUGUUUACCUUCCCGCCAGAGCGGUACCUUUUUAUCUACUUGCACUUUGACGUGCUUUCAAACUGCUAGGUUGGCAGGAGCAGGGACCAAGCAACAGGAGCUCACCCCGUCGCGGGGAUUUGAAUCACCAACCUUCCCAUCGGCAAGUCCUAGGCUCUGUGGUUUAACACACAGCGCCACCUGCGUUCCUCUAAAUUUUAUUAGAUGUUACCAAAAAAAUGGAAAAGCAAAGAAGGAAAUAGAAACAAUACAUAACCAUACAUAAAAACAUUCAUAAUUUUCCAGAAUGCAGACUAGAAAAGAAGAAAGACGAAAAAUAAAAGAAAGAAAGAAAAGAAAGAAAGAAUGAAGAGAAAAAAUACUUUUCAUAAUAAUUCCAAAUUCAUACUUCAAACAUUACAAUAUAUAAAUCCUAGUUAUAAUAUUAUAAAAGACUUCCACCGCAUUCACCACACAGCUCUUGGUUAUCUAAUUCACCUUUACAUCUGUUUCUUCUUUCUUCGGUAUGUUGUAUCUAAUCGUUUGACAAUUGUGAACAAUAAUCAGCAAUACUGUUCCAGAAAAGAAGUUCGUAAUAUUCUGCCAGAAAAUAUCGCUUAGCAUAAAAUGACAGUAUUUCUUCUUUUAAAACCCCCUCAAAACUCACUUGAAUUUGCUUUGCAGGAGGGAUUGCAGAGCAUAGCCAUUGCGGCUAGUGGCCACUAAUAGCUUUCUCCUCCAUGAAUCUGUCUAAUCCUUUUUCAAGCCAUCCAGGUUGGUGACUAUUAAUGUCUCCUGUGAGACUGAGUUCUGUGGUUUAAAGUGAAUUGCUCUUCACAUAAGCACCGCGAAGACUACACAGCCUGUCUUGCUGUUUACCCCCAACACCCAUGGGAAUGAAUAUAUGCUCUAGUUAUCUCCCGCUUAGACUAUUGCAAUGCGCUCCACGUGGGGCUACCUUUGAAGGUGACCCAGAAACGACAACUAAUCCAGAAUGCGGCUGCCAGACUGGUGAUUGGGAGUGGCUGCUGAGACCAUAUAACACUGGUCCUAAAAGAUCUACAUUGUCUCCCAGUACGUUUCCAAGCGCAAUUCAAAGUGUUGGUGCUGACCUUUAAAGCCCUAAAUGGCCUCGACCUGAAGGAGCAUCUCCACCCCCAUCGAGGGCCUUCUCGGUGUUUUAAGUAUGUUUUAAAGCAGGGUUGUAAUUUUUUCUUGAUUUUGCUGCUUUAUCUUUUGUAAGCGACGUAUAGAUUUUAUGAACUAAAUAAGCAAAAGAGACCCUCUCUGCUCUUUCAGAAACUGGAGCCCUACAAGGAAGUCGUGGUGGACUUCCCCGAGAAGGAGGAGGUCCCGCCGUGCCUUGAGCAAAGAGGACGCUUCUUCGGGGAAGCCACGCAGGCGUAUACCAAGGGCAGCAUGCAACAAGGUCAGGCACUAUUAUUAUUAAUAAUUUUAUUUGUACCCAACCCAUCUGACUGCGUUGCCCCAGGCUGUCUGGGUAGCUUCCACCAUAUACGGAAACAUAAUUAAACAUCAUACAUUAAAAACUUCCCUACAGAUGUCUUCUAAUCUCCUUGACAUCUGAGGGAGGGUUUUCCACAUGAUGGGUGCCACCACUGAGAAGGCCCUCUGCCUGGUUCCCUGUAACCUCACUUCUCGCAGGGAGGGAACUGCCGGAAGGUCCUCGGAGCUGGACCUCAGUGUCCGGGCUGAACGAUGGGGGUGGAGACGCUCCUUCAGGUAUACUGGGCUGAGGCCGUUUAGGGCCUUAAAGGUCAACACCAAUGGUUCAAAUUGUUAUCACAUGGUGCUGACAACCCCAAAUUUGGGGGUUCAAUACCUAUAUGGGCCACCUGUGCAGUUGGAGGUGCCCCGCUCUGCUUUAAACAGUAGCACAGAGUCUAACAGCACCUCUAUAAUAUUGUUAUAUAUUUGUAACCAUAUGGACCUGGCAUUUCAUGGCAAAUUGAGCUUGUCCAAAACAGGCAGAGCACCACCUUCCAGCCUAGACAAACCAAACACCUCUACCUUACACAGGAACAUAGAAAGCUUCCUUAUACUGAGUCAAAUCAUUGGUCCACCAAGCUUAGUACUGUAUACACUGACUGGCAGCAGCUGGGAGUGGAAUUCCAGUAGGGGACCUUCCCAGCCCUACCUGGAGAUGCUGAGUAUUGAAUCUGGGACCUUAUUCCUCUGAGCUAUGGUUCUACAGACUGUAAAUGCCCCUGAAGGACCAGGUGCGCAGCCUGGGAGUCAUUUUGGACUCACAGCUGUCCAUGGAGGCGCAGGUUGAUUCUGUGUUCAGGGCAGCUAUCUACCAGCUCCAUUUGUUACGCAGGCUGAGACCAUACCUGCGUGCACACUGUCUCACCAGAGUGGUGCAUGCUCUGGUUAUCUCCUGCUUGGACUACUGCAAUGCGCUCUACGUGGGGCUACCUUUGAAGGUGACCCGGAAACUGCAACUAAUCCAGAAUGCGGCAGCUAGACUGGUGACUGGGAGCGGCCGUCAAGAUCAUAGAACACCAGUCCUGAAAGACCUGCAUUGGCUCCCAGUACGUUUCCAAGUGCAAUUCAAAGUGUUGGUGCUCCUUUAAACACCUUCCAGUCCUUGUCUAUCUUCUCUUUUGGGAUCCUUCCGAUUUCUCCCAUUGUUUUGGAUAUAUUGUAAUACUCCAAUAAUUUGGUGUUUUAAGGAUAUUUGCAAAAUCAUAUUGAAAAAUCAGAACUCUUAUUAGAAAAAAUAAGUUCUAUCAUAAAUGCUGAAAUACUAAAUAAGAUGGAUAACAUUGUGUAACAGAAAAAGAAGCAGAAAGUUGGCUUAAAAAUGUGUGAAAGAAAGUAAUAGAAGUGGAAAGAAACUGCAAUUGAGUAGACUGGAAGUCGAACACAAGGGUGGGGUGAGGGAUGAGGGAUGGUGGUGGGAAAAGGAAGUAUGUGUGGGAUUGAGUGUGGGUAUGUAUGAAUAUUUUUAAGGACUGUAUGAAAUGUAAGUUUGUUUGUAUAUUCGUAAUAUGUAUGUACAGUGGUACCUUGGGUUACAUAAGCUUCAGGUUACACACUCUGCUAAACCAGAAAUAGUGCUUCAGGUUAAGAACUUUGCUUCAGGAUAAGAACAGAAAUUGGGCUCCGGCGGCGCGGCAGCUGCAGGAGGCCCCAUUAGCUAAAGUGGUGCUUCAGGUUAAGAACAGUUUCAGGUUAAGAACGGACCUCCGGAACGAAUUAAGUACUUAACCCGAGGUACCACUGUAUUAAUGCUGAAUUAUUUUAAUAAAAUAAUACAAUAAAAAAACCAUAGUGUUGGUGCUGACCUUUAAUUUAUUAUUAUUAUCAUCAACAUCAUCAUCAUCGUCGUCGUCGUCACUAGGCUGAGUUUCAGUUUGUCUACUCCUGUCCAGUCUGUUACUCAUUUCACCCUUUAAAAAAUACAUUGCAGGUGAUGGCCCCGAAGACAAGCCAGAGAAGAAUUGUGAAGAAAAGCCCAGGCAACCACAACCUGUCGAGAACUCUUUGUGGGAAGCCGAAAUCAACGCUGUUCAGAUCAAGAGCCACGCGGGGGAAUUCCUCGAAAGCAGAGGGAGAACCCGCGCAGGAGAGAAGCCGUACAAGUGCCCGGAGUGUGGGAAAAGCUUUCUAUACGGGUCGGAUCUCAUCAAGCACGAGAGGACGCACACCGGGGAGAAGCCGUUCGCCUGCACAGACUGCGGGAAACGCUUCAAUCAGAGCUCGCACCUCAUCUCCCACGAAAGGGUCCACACGGGAGAGAAGCCCUACAAGUGUUUGGCGUGUGGGAAGAGCUUUGGUUGGCGGUCGGACCUUGUAAGACAUCAGAGAAUCCACACAGGGGAGAAGCCCUACAUUUGCCCUGAUUGUGGGAGGAGCUUUAGCGCCAGCUCAGACCUUACUAGGCAUCAGAAAACCCACACAGGAGACAAAUCCUACAAAUGCGUGGCCUGCGGUAGAACGUUUAGCGGGCGAUUGCAGGUUGCUAGUCACCAGAGACUCUGCACCGGGGGGAAUUGCUGAAACCAGGAAAAUGUCCAUAGAAAAGAGCAUUCUUGCGACUAGACAGUGAGCAGUCUUUUUGCGUGACAAGUGGGGUAUAUUUCGUCAAGGAAGAGUCCACAGUAGUCUGUGGUUUGCUCUGUUUCCUAGCAAAAUUUUGUACGUUGAAUCGAGAUUUCUGGUGUGCUUAAUAAAGAUGACUUUUAAAAAA